CAAGCUCCGGGCGGGACGCUCGUGUCCAGUCGGCCGUUGCUCGCCCUGUCGACCCGCACGCGCAGCACCCCGCACCCAUGAAGCCCCCGCCGAUGAAGCCCCGAGCUGCCAGAGUGAGGCGGAAAGUGGCCCGAGACAGAGAGCAUGUACUGGCGCGUCGGCUUUGCCUGGACGCGGUCGUGUGUGGUCGAUCUUAGCCAGAACCAGAGCUUCUCCUCCGGCCUGCUGGGCUCCGAUGAGCAGCUCUCGUUUUCCGGGUACAUCGUCGCCUGCCCGCUGCAGGACCACGGCGGGAUAAUGUCGGCGUUGGGCUCGGACUCGUGGUGGCGGAAGACGCUGUAUUUGACCGGAGGGGCUCUGCUCGCCGCCGCUGCUUAUCUGCUGCACGAGCUGCUGGCCAUCAGAAAAGAGGAAGAGCUGGACUCCAAAGAUGCCAUCAUACUCCACCAGUUCUCCAGGCCCAAAACUGGCGUCCCCUCCUUGUCCCCUUUCUGCCUUAAGAUGGAGACCUACCUCCGUAUGGUUGACCUGCCCUACCAGAACUACUUUGAUGGGAAGCUCUCGCCACAGGGAAAGAUGCCGUGGAUCGAAUACAACCAGGAGCAGGUGUGCGGUACAGAGUUCAUCAUCGACUUCCUGGAGGAGAGGCUGGGCGCGAGCCUCAACAUGAGCCUGACGCCACAGGAGAAGGCCAUGUCGCGUGCCAUCACCACAAUGGUGGAGGAGCAUUUGUACUGGACCAUAGCUUACUGUCAGUGGGUGGACAACCUGGAGGAGACCCAGAAGAUGCUGUCUGUGAGCGGGCCGCUGAGCGACCUGCUCAAGUGGAUCCUGAGUCACCUGACCGGUGGAAUCGUCAAGAGGGAGAUGUACGGACACGGGAUCGGACGUUUCUCUCCAGAGGAGGUUUACGGCCUGAUGGAGAAGGACAUGCGCACCCUGGCCACUCUGCUAGGUGAUAAGAAGUACCUUCUGGGCUCGAAGCUCUCAACAGUAGACGCCGCCGUGUUCAGUCACCUGGCUCCUGCCAUGUGGACGCUGCCGGGAACACGGCCGGAGCAGCUCAUCAAAGGUGAGCUCAUCAACCUCGCCAUGUACUGCGAGCGCAUCCGCCGGCGGUUCUGGCCCGAGUGGUUCGUGGACCUGGAGGACUUCUGCUACAGCGACUCCACAGAGGGCGGCGACUCUAAGCUCCCCGAUUUGGGCCUCUACUCCUGCUCAGACACUUUCCAGGAGGACACGCACACACACACUUCCCACACUCAUACGCCAAAGGACCCUCUGUCGCCCGUCAGCGACCCGACCGGUCACUCGCUGUACGACUCCGACAUGGACACGGAGUGCUCUGAGAUGGACCCGCUCAAGUGUUGACCACACAUCCGGGUGUAGCAGGCCACUCACCGCACAUACGCACACGCCGCCAGGAGGGGAGCGGCAUCCCACCUCUCCACACGCCCCCCUACCUCUGUGAACAGAACUAAACUGGCUCGUUGGUGUCUCCUGCGUCGGUGGAGAAGUCGAGGUCCGACCUGGAGCGGAGGAGAGAUCGGGUCAAAGGGGAACCAAAGGUGACGAGAUCAAAGAACGAGGGAGCAGAAAGGUUGCAGGGGAGGGAAAAGAGAACGGAGAGCGAGACUCUAAGACCAGGAGUGAAUGACGCCGCCGCCGCCGCCGCCGCCGAGGAACUCCUCCACGUGGUUCGACGUCAUCCGCGGUCACAACUUCGACCCGUUGACGCGUUGCCGGAACCAUGGCAACUAAAUGUGUGCGUGAGCCCCCCUUUUUUCGUCCACUCGCACCACCCGGCCAACUGAACCCUCAACGCCUUGUAUUGACAUGACAUCGACACGUAGGGUCCU